AUGACUGAAUAUAUUGAAAACCAACUUUCCUUUAAACAUCCUCCAAAAGUUCAACUACAAGUUCGAGAUCUAUCUAUAGCAGCCUCGAAAUCCAACAGAGUAUUGCUAGAUUAUUUCUCUCUGGAUCUCCCCAGUGGGUCUGUGAUGGCCAUUAUGGGUGGUUCAGGGUCUGGUAAAACCACUCUAUUAAAUGUACUGGCUUCUAAAAUUAGUGGUGGACUAUCAUACGAAGGUGAUAUUCAUUAUAUAUUAGAAAAAGAUAAUUCGAGUGAGGGAGAAACAGAUGUGGAAGAUGGAAAGUAUAAUAAAUUAGAUGCCUCGAUGACCUAUUUACCACAACAGGAUGUCUUAUUGCCAAGAUUGACUUGCAGGGAAACAUUGAUGAUUGCUGCUGAUUUGAAGUUGCAUUGUGAUAAAAAUGAGAAAACUAUUAUUGUUAACCAACUAAUUGAUGAAUUGGGUUUAAAAGAUUGUGCAGAUACAAUGGUUGGUGAUAGUACUCAUCGUGGGUUAUCUGGUGGUGAAAAACGAAGAUUAAGUAUUGGUACUCAAAUGAUUGCAAAUCCUUCUAUUAUGUUCUUAGAUGAACCUACAACAGGGUUAGAUGCGUAUUCUGCCUAUUUGACAAUUAAGACUUUGAAAAAACUGGCACAAAAUGGGGGUAGAACUUUUAUUAUGUCAAUUCAUCAACCAAGAUCAGAUAUUCUAUUCUUGUUGGAUUAUUUAUGUAUUUUAUCGAAAGGUAGAGUUGUAUUCUGUGAUCAGAUGACUAAUACAAUUCCAUACUUUGAAGCUCAAGGUUAUACUGUCCCAAAAAUGACAAAUCCUGCAGAUUAUUUAAUCGAUAUUUCAAGUGUGGAUACAAGAAAUGAUGCCUCUGAAAAAUCUACACAACUUAAAGUAGAUAAAUUAAUAGAUAAUUGGAAAAAUUUUUCAAAUAAAAGUUUAACAUACCCUCCAAUAAGUAUAGAAGAUGAAAUUAAAGUUCAUAAUAUGUCUGCAAGUGUAUCUUUUUGGAAGCAAGUCCUUAUUCUUACAAAGAGAAAUUAUAAGCUCAAUAUUAGUGAUUACGUUUCAUUUGCAGGGACUUUUCUAGAGCCACUUUUAAUUGGUACUGCCAUGGGUUGGAUUUAUUAUAAACCUGAUAAAUCAUCAACUCGAGGUUUACGAACAAUUGCAGGUUUCUGUUAUUCUUGUCUAAUGUUACAAAGUUAUUUAUAUCUAUUAUUUGAUACUUAUCGUUUAUGUGAAUUAGAUAUUGCAAUUUUUGAUCGUGAAAGAGCAGAAGGUACCGUACAUCCUGUUGCGUUUAUUUUUGCAAGAAAACUUUCACUAUUUUUUACAGAUGAUAUUAUAAUGAGUUUAUUAUUUUCCAUUAUUACUUAUUUUAUGGUUGGUUUUGAUGCUAGUGCAGAUUCGUUCUUUUUAUAUUUUGCUGUGGUAUUUUUAACUCAAGUUUGCUGUUCUGGUCUUUCUAUGUUUUCAGUGGCUGUUUCUCGCGAUUUUUCUAAGGCUUCUUUAGUUGGUAAUUUAAGUUUUACUCUAUUAUCAUUAGCGAGUGGAUUUUUUGUAAAUUCAAAAGUUACACCAGUCUACGUUCGUUGGACAAAAUAUAUCUCAUUUUCAUGGUAUGGCUAUGGUACGCUUUUGAAUAAUUUUUUUGUCGAUAAAUACUGCACAGACAGCAAUGAUCUAGAAACUUGUACAGGGAAUCAAAUUAUUGAACAAUAUGGAUUCCCUAGAUAUUGGAAAAAAGUACCAAUGUCAGUUUUAAUGUGUUUUGCCAUCGGCUAUUUUCUUGCAUCUAUCAUUAUGUUAUGCAUUCAUAAAGUUGAUAUCACUUUACAAAAUGAAAUUAAAUCGAAUAAAAAGAAUAAAAAAGAGAAUAAGAUUGAAAAACUUAAUGUUGGCUUAAAAGAAGAUUUUACUGAUAUAGAAGGAACUAUAAAAGAGCAACCAUUAAUUACAGUUACUAUAGAAGACAUUGACCUGCAAGCGUCCUUUUUAAGAACAUUGAAAAAGGGUACCAAUAAAAAGUUGUUUUAUAGAGAACAGAAAGAAAUUUUACAUUCCAUUAAUGCUGUAUUCAAACCUAACAUGAUUAACGCAAUCAUGGGUCCCUCUGGUUCAGGUAAGUCAUCUUUGCUAAACCUUUUAUCUGGUAGAACCAGAUCUUCUUUAUUUGCCAAAUUCUCCACUACUGGGUCGAUUUUGUUUAAUGAUAUUCCUGUUACUAAUGAAAUGUUUAAAAGUAUAUGUUCUUAUGUAACGCAAGACGAUGACCAUUUAUUAUCAUCCUUAACUGUAAAAGAAACUUUUAGAUUCGCUGCAGAUUUAAGAUUGCAUGAAAUACCAGUUGAAGAAAGAUAUGAAAGAGUUGAUGAAUUGAUAAGACAAUUAGGCUUGAAACAUUGUGAAAAUACAAUUAUUGGUAACGAAUUCGUUAAAGGUAUCAGUGGUGGUGAAAAGAGAAGAGUCACUAUGGGUGUUCAAUUACUAAACGAUCCUCCAAUCAUAUUAUUAGAUGAACCUACAUCAGGUUUAGAUAGUUUCACUUCAGCAAAUAUCUUGGAAAUUUUACAAAGAUUAUCAACAGUUUAUGGGAAAACUAUUAUUUUUACAAUUCAUCAGCCAAGGGCAGAACUUUUUGUCAAAUUUGGAAAUGUUCUUUUAUUAGCAAAAUCUGGGAAAACUGCAUUUAAUGGUUCACCUAAUGAAAUGAUUCGCUUUUUUAGCAGUUUAGGCUAUAAUUGUCCAGAAUUGACAAAUGUUGCUGAUUUUUUCUUGGAUUUAAUAUCUAUUAAUACUCAAAACGAGCAAAACGAACUUAUUUCAAGACAAAGGGUAGAACACAUCAUUGAUAGUUGGAACAAUAGGCUAAGUGAAAAGGUGUCACCAAUAGUUGAAGUUAAGGAAGAGAUAUCCUUGAGCUCAUUUCUAUCUGAGUAUGGAGACUCAGUUAGAAAGCCAUGCAAUCUAGGAACUGCUUACGCUGUAAAUUUGAGAAGGCAAUGGACUACUACUUGGAGAAACUAUGAAUCCUUAAGUGCUAGAGUUGCACAAGUUCCUGGCAUCGGGGUUAUUUUUGCAUUGUUUUGGUCUCCUAUAAAACAUAAUUAUACAAGUAUUAAUGACAGAAUGGGGUUAGCGCAAGAAUCUACAGCCUUAUAUUUCUGUGGCAUGUUGGGGAACCUUGCCUGUUAUCCACUGGAAAGGGAUUAUUUUUACGUUGAUUAUCAUGAUAAUGUGUAUGGUAUAGCUCCAUUUUUUCUCGCGUAUAUGACAUUAGAACUACCAUUGUCUGGGCUAGCUGCUAUAAUGUAUACUGCUUUUACUGUAAUGGUAUGUGGCUUACCCAGAACUGCUGGUAAUUUCUUUGCUACUGCUUAUUGCUCUUUUGUAGUGGUUCUAUGUGGUGAAUCACUAGGUAUUAUGACUAACACUUUCUUCGAAAGACCAGGCUUUGUUGUUAAUUGUAUUUCUAUUAUCUUAUCUAUUGGUUGCCAAAUGGCUGGUUUAAUGUCUCUGAGCAUGUCAAGGGUAUUGAAAGGAUUCAAUUAUUUAAAUCCAUUAGGGUAUACAUCUAUGAUUUUGAUAAAUUUUGCAUUUCCAAAGAGUUUAAAACUGACAUGUGAGGAUGGUGGCAAAAAUCCAGAUGGUACUUGUAUAUUUUCUAAUGGACAUGAUGUUUUAGUCGCAUAUAACAUUGUUGUCAAUACAAAGAACUAUUUAGCUAUUAUUGUCUGCGUCGCUAUUAUUUAUAGACUAUUAGCAUAUUUCACAUUAAAAGCAAAACUGGAAUGGAUCAAAUGGUAA